UAUAAUAAAUUAUAUUGGAACCACAAUGCACUGAUACCGCCUUCAAAGCGAAAUGACUGAGGGCCCUGAAGUUGUGAAGUCGAGUGCGUUUUGACGUCAAUCGGGCCCUCAGAGACCCUGGGGCCGCCAUGUGACAGCACGUUUUACCCCACGGAUUGGCCGACUUUCCCCAAAUCAAGUUACAGUUUUCACAAUCGCACCUCAUCAGCAACUACCCCCCAACCACCACCGCCGGACGAACACUACAUCUCACAAACAUAUCCAUCAUUAACAAUCACCCGCUCCGCACGGAACCCAUCAAUGUCAAUCCUAGUAAUCAACCCAAACUCCAGCGUUUCCAUGACCAAAGCCCUCGAGCCGGCCAUUGAAGGCCUCGGGCUCCCGGCCUUAACAUGCAGCUACUUCACCGCGCCACCACCUUCCCCAGCAUCAAUCGAUGAUGCCGAGAGCUCCAAGGAAAGCGCAUACGUAUGUUUCCCGUUGCUCUUCGAGCGACUGGCUUCCCACGACGCCUUCGUUGUAGCGUGUUACAGCGACCACCCGCUUGUUCCGCUACUGCAGGUGCACACUGGUAAACCCGUCAUCGGGAUUUUCCAGGCCAGCGUGACGCAAGCUCUGCAUGUUCUUCCGCGAGAGAAGAAGUUUGGGAUCGUUACCACGGGGAAGGUUUGGGAGGAGUUGCUGACGGACGGGGUGCGUGGGUUCCUGGGUGGUGAGGAACGGUUCGCGGGCGUCCAGAGCACCGGGCUUACGGCGGGGGAGCUGCACUCCGUGCCUGAGGAAGAGCUGAGGCGGAGGAUGGAGCAUGCCACAGAGAAGCUGUUGGAGAGCGGGGAUGUGGGGGUUGUUUGCCUGGGGUGUGCGGGGCUGGUCGGGUUGGAAGAGAUUGUCAGAGGGGUUGCAGAGAGGUUGGGUGUCGAAGUUAAAGUUAUAGAUGGGGUUGUUGCUGGCGUGGUGACUGCCGGGGGAUUGAUGAGGUGCAAAUAUUGA